UUCGGGCGGGGCUACACAGUGAUUGACAGGUCUCUACCAGAGACGUCACUCCUCCUCAGUCCAGACUCUCUGAGGUCGGGCUGCUCUGCUCAGGUGAAGUCUUCGUCCACAGGUUGUCUCACCUGUUAUUAAAGCUCAGCAUGUUGUCGGCAGCACCGACUCUUCAGACACCGGUUAACGGCUCUCAGGAGGCACAUUAACAAGAGAUGUUAUUCUGAGCUUAAUGGAGACGAGAGGAAGUAAAGCAGCAAACGCAGCGUUUCACUGCAGAGUCAUUUAAAAACCAAAGGGAUGAAUAUCAAAUACUGCUUAUGAUUUUAAACUGAAGCACUUCUCAUUAAACAGUCACAGUUAUAGUGAGACGUAUGCGUUUGUUGGUAAACACAGAGACAGUAGAAUCUUUAUUUCACACACUGAAACAUUUCUAAUAGUUUACCUCUUAUUGCAUCAUUGAUCAAUACUGCACUGAUAUGGAUGAGAAGCCUCAGAUGAACAUCUCCAACGUGACUUAUUGGUUAAGUUUCUAUCCGUCAUUAACGUGGCUCAUCUCUGGACUCUACAGGUGAACAGAUAUCACCAUGAACCUUCACCACUUCAUCACUCACAUUAAGACGAGUAUUUAUUGUACAGACAAAGUAGUAAAAUAAAUGUUUUUGUGGUGUAGUUGUGAACCCUGAAGAAGCAGGCUUCCCUUUGAUCUGCAGGGGAUUCAUUCAUGAAUACGUCUACAAAGUCCUGCUGAAGUGAUGCUCGGUAGGACUGAGCCUGUCAGCAGGCUCCAUCAGUCUGUAAGGUCACGUGACCGUCGUGUAAUAACACCUCGUCCUUUGACUUCAGUGUCGGAGGAGCGGACGCCAUGAAGAUCGAGGAGAUGGAGAAAAUGCUGAGGGAGGCUCAGCUGGAGAAAGCCAGACUUAUCGAGUCGAGGGAGCGAGAGACUGUGGCUCGCCGUCAGAUGCUGGAGGAGGAGAGGAGGAGGAGGGAGGAGGCGGAGAAGAGACUGCAGGAGGAGACGUUCCACCGGCAGCAGCUGGUGGAGAAGGAGGUCAAGAUGAGAGCCAAGAACUUCUCUCAGGCCCGUCCGAUGACUCGCUACCUGCCCAUCCGGAAGGAGGAGUUCGACCUGCGCUCCCACGUGGAGUCCUCCGGUCACAGCGUGGACACCUGCUACCACCUCAUCCUCACCGAGAAGAUGUGCAAGGGCUACCUGGUGAAGAUGGGCGGCAAGAUCAAGUCCUGGAAGAAGCGCUGGUUCGUCUUCGACCGCCUCAAGAGGACCUUCUCCUACUACGCCGGUAAGAGACGCUGAGGGUCUUUAUGAUACAAUGUCAAGAACUAAUCAACUCGUAGCGUUAGCAGCACCGCUAACGGC